AGAAGAUUUCAACCACGUAAAUAAGCCAAAGACCAAUUUCCAAAGAAGCAAGCAACUACUGCCUCUUCUUUGUGGUUCAUAGAGGGGCUGGCUUCAAUAAUAUAACAAAAAAAACUUGUUUCCAAAAUCUCUCUCUCUCUCUCUCUCAUUUCUGAAUAUAUAAAUAUGAACCCCAAACGAAUAAAGAGAAGAGUUCUCUCUCUCUCUCUUUCUCUCUAUUUUUAGACAAAAUCAGCUUUAAAUGCGAUCGCCCCUUUCUACCUGAUAUGUUGAACCUCAUCACUUUCCUCCGCCGUCGUCUCCGGCGUCCCCAGAAUGCCAGAAUCUCCGUCAACCACCACCGCUCUCGUGAUGUGUCGCCGUCCACUGUAACAGUUGGUUCCCCUGAAGCAACUGAGAGCCACAGUCAUCAUCAUCAUCAUGUGUUUUCAUCGGCAGCCGCGAUCCACCCAAACCCGGAGAAAGCCAUCACUGUGGCCACCUUCAACGCUGCUAUGUUCUCCAUGGCUCCCGCCGUUCCCAACGACACGCGUAUGCCUCUCCGCUCCAAGUCAUCCGUCGACCGCCCCAAGAGCAUACUCAAGCCCACCUCUCCUAGUUCUCAUGACUCCAGAAGACAACAACAACUUAGGUUUGCCAAGUCCAGGCUGAGGAGGGUCUCCAUCAAUCUCCCCGACAACGAGAUCAGCCGCCAGCUCAGCUUCCGGGAGGAUCCACACCGCUCUCCGCUCAGGGCUACUCUCUCUUUCUCCGGGGAGAUCGGUCCCCGCACCACCAGAACGGCUCUUGAAGUACUGAGGGAGCUAGACGCUGACGUCCUCGCUCUCCAAGACGUCAAGGCAGACGAAGCUGACCAAAUGCGACCACUCUCGGAUCUCGCCGCCGCGCUGGGGAUGAACUACGUCUUCGCCGAAAGCUGGGCGCCGGAGUACGGGAACGCCAUUCUCUCUAAGUGGCCCAUCACACACUCCAAUGUUCUCAGAAUCUUCGACGACACUGAUUUCAGGAACGUGUUGAAGGCGAGCAUAGAUGUUCCGGGGAGCGGGGAAGUGGAAUUUCACUGUACUCAUCUUGAUCACUUGGACGAGGAGUGGAGAAUGAAGCAAGUCGAUGCCAUUAUCCAAUCUACCAACGUGCCUCACAUACUCGCUGGUGCUCUCAAUUCUCUCGACGAAUCCGACUAUUCCCCUGAGAGAUGGACCGACAUCGUCAAGUAUUACGAAGAGAUGGGUAAGCCGAUACCAAAAGCACAAGUGAUGAGAUUCUUAAAGACCAAACAAUACACUGACGCGAAGGACUUUGCUGGAGAGUGCGAAUCUGUGGUUGUGGUCGCCAAAGGCCAAAGUGUACAGGGGACAUGCAAGUACGGGACACGCGUGGACUACAUACUUGCUUCCUCGGACUCACCGUACCGGUUCGUGCCAGGGUCGUAUUCGGUGUUGUCUUCCAAAGGAACCUCGGACCAUCACAUAGUGAAGGUCGAUGUUGUAAAAGCUAGAUCGAUCAACGUGGACGAGCAACGACCGAUAAGACACAAACAGCAGAGAGUUUCAACGUAUAAUAACUCGGCUCUCACAAAGGCCUCAUGGAGGACGCAUUACUAUAAAGCGUGAGCAAUCUCUAUACUACAAAUUUAAACGUUAGACGUUUUUGUGGACUGCUUAUAGUUAUUAACACAGUUUGAGAUCCGUUUAUAAUAACUGUGGAUGUCUCUGUGCUGAACCACCAAGUCUGAUCUACUCUCGCCUAGAUUUCCCCAUAUUUUUACAUUCUUUUGGUCUGCUUUUAAUGAUAAGACAUCGUGGCUUGUUUAACCGAAACGUAUACUAUUCAUGAGUGAAUAACACUCUUCUUAAUUUUAUUUUUCUUUCUUUCU